AUGUGUAAUCAAGGCAUUGACCCACCUGAUUACAAUGUAUUGAGGAGUAACUAUAAAUCCUAUAUUGAUUCGUAUAAUGCGUUAUAUCAGCUAAAAACGGAUAAAGAAGAAGAUUUAAGAUCAAUUUACAAUAUGAUCAAAACAGAAUUGAUUGAUUCAAAGAAGCAACUCCCAGAAAAUGUCAUCCAAGAUAUUUUAGAUCUCAUUCCUUAUAACAAUCGUUAUUCAAAUUCAUACUUAGUUCUUGUCAAGCUCAUUUCUGAAGAUUAUCAAGUAACAAUUGAUGUCAAUCCAAUUGAAGAUUUAACUAAAUGUUACCUUCACGAAGAGGAUGGAAAAAUCAUUUUAGGCGCAAUAGUUAACAGUUCAAAAAAUCAAGACAUCCAUUCGGAAAAUACGAUUUACAGAGCAAUUAUGAAUGAUGACAAAGAAAGAUUCAUUUCAUUCACAGAAAGUGAUAGUUUUGAUAAAAAUCAAAAACUUAAAAACAAUUUAUAUCCAUAUCAUUCGACAAGUUAUUCAUUUCUUGAAUUAUGUUGCUACCAUGGAGCAGUUGAUUGUUUCAAGCUAUCAAGAUCGAAAUUUAAAUCAGAAAUAACUCAGCAAUGCCUAGAAUUUUCAUUUUUGGGUGGAAAUCCAGAUAUCAUGAGUGAAUGUUUGAAGUAUCAAACACCAGAUGAAGAAUGCAUGAAAUAUGCAAUUAUUUCGCACAACAUUGAUUUUGUUACAUUCUUGAUGAAUGAAUAUGAUAUAGAGAUUGAUUUAGAAUACUGUGGAGAAUAUAAUAAUCUUGAAGCAUUUUUCAUUUAUUUCGACCAAACUAAUGAUGUUGACAAAUGCUUUAUUUAUUCACCGAUAUUUAAUAUUCCAUCCCUUUUCGAAUUAUUCAUUUCACUUGGUGCAGACAUCAAUGCAAAAGAUAUAAAUGGCAUAACAGCUCUUCAUCAGGCAUCAAUAAGUAAUAAUAAAAAGGCAGUCGAAUUCCUUCUUUCACAUGGUGCAAAUGUCAAUGAAAAAUGUUAUGACUUCAAAACAGCUCUUCAUUUUGCGACAAUUCUUAAUUAUAUAGAAAUAGUUGAACUUUUUCUUUCGCAUGGUGCAAAUAUCAAUGAAAAAGAUUUUGAUGAAAAAACUCCUUUUGCUUAUGCCAUGUUACAUAAUUAUAAAGAAAUAAUUAAACUUUUUCUUUUACAUGGUGCAAAUCCCAAUGAAAUAAUUAAUGAGGAAUGUACAGCUCUUUUCUAUUCUUUGUUCAAUGAUGAUAAAGAAAUAACUGAACUCCUUCUUUCACAUGGUGCAAAUGCCAAUGAAAGAAUGAAUGAUGAAAAUACAGCUCUUCAUUUUGCCUCGAUACGCGGAAAUAAAGAAAUAGUUGAACCUUUUCUUUUGCAUGGUGCAAAUAUUAAUGAAAAAAAUUGCGAUGAACUAACAGCUCUUCAUCUAGCAACAAACUCCAAACACAAAGAAAUUGUUGAACUUCUUCUCUCCCAUGGUGCAAGUAUCGAUGAAAAAAAUAUUACCGGGCAAACACCUCUCUUUUUUGCAGUUCAUAACAAAUCUAUAGAAAUAGUCGAACUUCUCCUUUCACAUGGCGCCAACAUCAAUGAAAAAGAUAUGUUUGGAAAAACACCCAUUUUUCAAGCAGAAUCUUUUAGGGAAUUAGAUUUGAUUGAGUUUCUUAUUUCACAUGGUGCAAAUAUUAAUGAAACAAAUAACAAUGGAGAAACACUUCUUGAUUGUGCAAUUUCUAUUAAUAAUGCAGAAUUAAUCGAAUUUCUUCAUUUACAUAACUCAAAGAGUUAA